ACAGUUCAGCAGGGUCUGGUCUACAGAGUCUGCAAUGAAGAUGGUCAAUGGGCGCAAAAGAAUACCACGGAAUGUGAGGAUGACCCUGGUGAGCAGCAGUAUGGCCGCAUCCUCAGUCAGUUACGGAUCAUGUACACAGUGGGCUACUCGCUCUCCCUCGGGGCUCUUCUACUAGCGCUGGGAAUCCUCAUCACCUUCAGGAAGCUCCACUGUAUGAGGAACAACAUCCACAUGAACCUGUUUGCCUCCUUCAUCCUGAGAGCCGUGUCCAUACUGGUUAAAGACGCCCUGCUGACCCUCACACUGGACCCUGGAAGCAGCAGUGACAGCCGGAAACAAGCCUGGGUCAACAUACCGGCUGUGACAUGGUGCCGUGGUGCCAUGGUGAUGAUGCAGUACAGUGUGAUGGCCAACAACUAUUGGCUGUUGGUGGAGGGCAUCUACCUGCACAGCCUGCUAGUCAUCACCGUGUUCAGCGAGAGGAAGUACUUUUACAUUUACCUGGCCAUUGGCUGGGGUGCGCCACUCAUAUUCGUUCUGCCGUGGAUCACAGUGAAGUAUCUGUAUGAGAAUGAGGAGUGCUGGGAGAGGAAUAUUAACAUGGGAUAUUGGUGGAUCAUCCGUUCUCCUAUACUAUUUGCAUAUCUGAUUAACUUCUUCAUAUUCAUCCGAAUUAUCAAAAUCCUGAUGUCUAAACUUAGAGCGCAUCAGAUGAGAUACACCGACUACAAGUUCAGAUUAGCAAAGUCCACUCUGACUCUCAUCCCCCUGCUUGGGAUUCACGCCAUCCUCUUUACAUUCGUCAUUGACGAGUCCGUCCCGAAAGGCUCCAUGCUGCGCCUCAUUCGCCUCUUCUGUGACCUACUGUUCAACUCUUUCCAGGGCCUGCUGGUGGCCAUCCUGUACUGCUUUGUCAACAAAGAGGUACAGUCGGAGAUGCUAAAAAAAUGGAAGCGGUGGAAGCUGGGUAAGGACAUUGAUGAGGAGUACCGCCACACCCACAGCCACACGCCGCACAUCAAGAGCGGCAGUGUCGCCACUGGCAAUCUGCCCUUUCUCCAUGACAACACCGCCAGUGACCACAGUGGUGACUCACCUCACUUUAACAAAGCUGACAGAGGCCCCUCCCGCUCGGCCGCAUCCGAGGAGAACCGCCGACUAGUCGUCUCCUACAGCAACGGGAUGGGGAAAGGCAGGUCCUCCAAGAGCAGACACACCCUGCAGUUCUCUUUCCUGCCACACAGAGGCACCGCAAGUCACGGCAGCUCUGCCACAGAGGACGUGUGUCUGGAGGAGACGGCGCAGUGCCACACAUACCCUCUGGAAAUAGGAGAGACUAGUGUCUGA